AUGCCGCCCUCGACACGCAGUUCGUCUGCUCCGAAGGCGCCACAGAAGGCGGAUCCGGCGCCCGCCAAACCUGCAGGAGGCGCGAAGGGGAGGAAGGGCGGUGCGAAGGAGGACGAGGGCAAGGACGCCACGAAGCCGAAGAAGCGCAAGACGGGCGGGAAGCAGGGGAAGGGCAAGGCGGAAGAGGUGCUUGAGAUGGGGAGGGACGUCUUCUCGACUUUGCCGAUGGAUCUGGUCCUCCAGAUCUGCAGCGACGUCGACCCCGGCACCCUCCUCGCCAUCGGCCAGACGAGCAAGUCGAUCUGCUCCACGCUCUUCCGCAAGGCUGCCGAGCCCGUCUGGCUCGCUGCGAGCAGGAACGUCGGCAUGCCCGACUUGCAGGCCGAGAUGGACGAGCCAACGUACGCGUACUUGGUCCAGGGAAAGGCUUGCCAGGUCUGCGGUACGACUCGACUCAAGACCGAAGCCGAGCACGAGCUCCGCGUUUGCGCCUGCAGCAAAUGCAUGACGGCCAAUCUCCGCAACGCCUCUCGCAUCCGCAAUGAGAUGGAAGACCUUCACCCGCUUGCGCUCGAAUGCUGCCUCUCAACGCCUUACUCGGCUGCUGGCAACACCCGCGCCGACGAGGAACACUACUUCUGGGUUCCCGAAGUUGCCGCCGUGUCUGAUCACCUUGACGCGAUCGACUCGCCGCCGAAGCCGGAGAACGACGACGAGCAGGAGCCCGAGUACAGCCCGAACGAUGACGCCCAGCUCUUCCGCGAAGAGUGUCGUCAGCGCAAGGUCAAGGUGUCUGCAGACGCCGCAACGAUCUUCAAGUACGAAUCACGCUCGCUCGACGAGAACUUGGCGGAAGAGAAGAGGAAGAUUGAAGCCCGCAUGGCGCAAAUUCGGGACCGGCUCAUCGCGGCCGGCUUCGUCGCUCAAGACGUUCUCGCCAUCCCUCGGGGGUACGAUUACGGUGGCGUGCGCUUGAGCGAUGACGAAUGGGCGAAGAUUCAGCCGACGGUGACGGCUCUCGCCACGCAUAAUCGCCAUCUUUCCUCGCAAGAAGGCCUUCGACCAGUUGCCGACCGUCAAGCGGCUUUGGUCCACGACUCAAACUCUGUCAAUCCGGCAACCUGGCCCAGCCAUGUGACAAUCCUCUCGGACGUUCGUCGCCUGCUCCGCCUCGACAAGGUUUGGAUGUUCGACCAGCUUGCUCGCGUCCUUCACGAGGCCAACAUUCCCCUUCCUCCUCGCGUCGUCAAGGUCAUCACAUCGGAGCGCUCGGUCUUCGUCGACGAGAAGGACGAGAGCAAGGGUCUCGCUCCGCUUCACGAGCAGUUGCCGGAUGCCGUGAUCGACCAGCUCUUCAGUCGACCCGUCGCCCUCUUCGUCUGCAGCAACUCGACGUGCCUCAACAAAUCCUACCCCGACAUUCUCGCGCACGUCGCUAGCUCGCAUCCCUGGUCAGAGCCCGACAACGUCUCCUGCGUGUCGGCCGGCGCCGAGUACCUCAAGCUCAUCGACACGAUGCUCGACGAGGCGAACCUGGACCGCUUGAACACCACGAGUCAGGACCUCAAGCGUCUCGGCGGCCGUUUCGCCGUGACGCUGCGCGAUGGAUCGGUGAAGAGGAACGUGUCCUGGACUGGAGUGGCUGAAGGACGCGAGCCCGACUGGGGUAUCACAUGGUUCGGACGGCCAGCCCACAUGGGUCCAAGCGACCUUUACCUCGUCGACCGCGCCAUCCACAUCUCGCUUCAGCCUCCGCCUCCGCCGCCUCGGCAGCUCGGCAAUCAGACGCUUUCGGAGGGUACGAGUGGCGGGAGGGCGUCGUAG